AUGGCUGUUGUGCAGUGCUUGAAAGGAAACUGGAAAACCUUUGGUGAUUUUGCGGAUUCAGUUUUCAAUUUCCUCAUGAAAUUAGCUCAUGAUUGUCGUGCAUUAAGACUAGAUUUUGUCGCAGACCGGUAUCCUGCUCUGAGUAUCAAGAACACUGAGCGAGUCAGACGCGCUACACAAGGAGUUCAACGAGUACACAUCUAUGGCCAAGAGCAGAACAUCCCAAAGCAAUGGAAAAAAUUUCUGAGUGCUAGAGAUAACAAAGAAUCGUUAUUGGAAUUCUUCAUCAAACAUUGGAAAUCAUACAAGUCAUGCCAGUUUGCUUCUGUUUCUGUUUUUUAUGCAACAUCGAAGAAUAAAUGUUAUGCAUACCAUCCCAAUCGAAAUGGUGAUGACCCUGUUAGAACAGACUCAUUUCCACCACUCGAUAGCAACCAUGAAGAGGCAGAUACUCGUCUAUUGCUGCACGCCAAGCAUGCCGAAGCACAUAUGACACAGUGA